GGGUGGGAUGUUUCAUUGUGUGUCAAUAUGGGGCAGGGGUUAUAUGUGGCCGGCUGCAGCUAUUUUGGACACAAGUGAAGCACUGGAGGGCGGAAACAGCACUUUUUACACAUAAUCUAAGGAAACUAUUCUGUUCCUGUUAAGCAUGCGCCUUUGGACAGGGCAUUAUUCUUAAAUCUUAUGAGUACAAUGUAUAUUUAACACUUUAAUACAGACAGUCAAAGACAUAAAGAUAAUCUUUCAUCUUAAAUGUACAGUAUGUGAAGAUGUUUGGCUUUCAGUGAAUGUAAUGCAGCAGAAGUCUUUGUACAUGUGCAGCAUGAAAUACAAUCCUUUGGAGCUGAGGCAGUUUUUCAGCUGAACACAUCCCACCAUCAGGAGUAGCGUUACAGUCUAAUCUUCCUGAGUGUGUGACACCCAUGUUUCUCUACAUGCUAAUCUUCAUGGCGUAUCAUAGCAGCAGAUGGAUACCGAGGAAUCAGAGGCUAAAAUUUCAAAUAGUGAAUGCAGUGUUCACAGCACUUGUCCUGGUCCCUCAGUUCUACAUCAUGGGAAGGCCAAAAUCCUCAAGAUACUGCAAGCAGCCUCUCCUGAACAACCUGUCAGCCUCAAUUGCCUUAUCCUUCAUAGCUUCAGGGUUUUCAGUGAUAUUCACAUUGAUAGACCCAGUUCCUCAGAGCUUGUGGGCCUCCUUUCAUGUAUUUGGCCUGCUGACAUGUGGACAAGGACUAUGCACAACCAUCCUGACUCUGACAGCAGCACCAUGUGCCAAAACCACCCCUGAACUGUACUACAUUUCCCUGAUUUUAACUGUUGCAUCUAUCUUAAGUACAGGUUUCUUCAUGGUGAGAGGAGGACUCUGGUUGACUAACAGGAAGCUUGCGCCAGACCUGAGCAGAAACAAUGAGCAGUGAAGCAGUCCAGCUCUCCCACGUCGACAUCUGAUACUCCACCUAUUAAAAUUUCAUGUGGUUACUAUGCCACUAGCAGCUGGUAACUUCAAACCUGGAAUGUGACUUAAUCCUUCUCACGUUUUAAUGCUCACUUCAGAAAAACAUCCCAAAGCAGGUGUUUGUCUCAGUUGUUUGCUGGUAGUGAUAU